AUGGUGUACUGGUUCCACUGUGUUCCCAGUGAGGAAAGAAGCUGGAUUGACAAUGUUAGUGACCACAAUCUCCACAUCAUCCUGUUCCACCAGUAUGGACUGGUGCAGUGGAGGUUUGGCUCUGCCUCAGAGCUGGAGCUGGUGCAGAACUCUGUCUUCACCAACCCCACAGACCAAAACACCUCGGUGUACCUGUGCUGCAUCCUCUCCUCAGGUAACUCGGGCCUCUCUCCCACCCCUGUGGCCCUCACCUGGACUUUUGGGCUGCCCUCUGAAUGUUGGGGUCCCUUUUGGCAGUUCUGCCACCGAGGGUCAUCUGUCCACAUUGACUGGGCUGUCAUCUUCUCCCAGCCUGUCAGGCAAUCACCUGGAUACACCUGGGUACUGCUCAAAAAAUUACGUGGAUACACCUGGGACCUGGGCUCCAUCUGCACCACUGUCCCCAAAGCCAUGCACAAUUCCCUCUGGCACACCAACAACAUCUCCUACUCUGCAUGUGCUGCUCAGGUGUUUCUCUUUAUGUUCUUCAUCUCAGCAGAGUUUUCCAUCCUGACCAUCAUGUGCUACGACCGCUACGUGUCCAUCUGCAAACCCCUGCACUACGGGACCCUCCUGGGCAGCAGAGCUUGUGCCCACAUGGCAGCAGCUGCCUGGGCCAGUGCCUUUCUCAAUGCUCUGCUGCACACAGCCAAUACAUUUUCCCUGCCCCUGUGCCAGGGCAAUGCCCUGGGCCAGUUCUUCUGUGAAAUCCCACAGAUCCUCAAACUCUCCUGCUCACACUCCUACCUCAGGGAACUUGGGCUUCUUGCUGUUAGUGCCUGUUUAGGUUCUGGAUGUUUUGUGUUCAUUGUUUUCUCCUAUGUGCAGAUCUUCAGGGCUGUGCUGAGGAUCCCCUCUGAGCAGGGACGGCACAAAGCCUUUUCCACCUGCCUCCCUCACCUGGCUGUGAUCUCCCUGUUCCUCAGCACUGCCUUUUUUGCCUACCUGAAGCCCCCCUCCAUCUCCUCCCCAUCCCUGGAUCUGGCCCUGUCAGUUCUGUACUCAGUGGUUCCUCCUGUCCUGAACCCCUUCAUCUACAUCACUUGUAAUAUGAGUAAUUUUUGA